AUGGCAAAUAAAUUAUUAAAAUAUGAAACAUUAAUGAUAAUUAAUGAUUUUUCAAAUAUUAAUCAUAAUAUUUUUCAAUCAAUUAAACAAAAAGUUAUUGAUUUAACAAUUAUUCUUUAUCCAGAAAUUAUAAUUGAUUUUGAAGGACUUACAAAAUUAAAAAGAUUAAGAAUUGAUUUUAAUAAUAAUGAUGUUUCAAUAUUUGAAGAAUUAAUAAAAGAAUGUUUUUUAAAAAUUAAAAAGAAUAAUAAAAAUGAAUUAAAAGAAAUAUAUUUUAAAAGUAAUGGGAAAUAUGCAAUAAUAUUAGGAAAAAUAUUAAAUGAAUGUAAUUUAAUUAAACAAGAAAUAUAUAUUAGAUUUGAUAAAAUAACAGAAAAAGAAUGUCAAGGAUUUAUUCAACAACAACCAUUUACACAUAUUUUUGUAACAAGAAAUGAAUUAAUUGAUAGUAUAAUAAAUAAAAAAGUAAAAUUAAUGCCAGAUAAUGAAAAUAAUUAUUGGAUAUCAAGUUCAUUAAUAAUAAAAAAAGAAUUUAUUAAAGAAUUUAGUUUAUUAAAUUGUCCAAUUAACAUAAAUAUUAAUGGAAAUUGUAAUAAUGAAAAUAUAAAAAUAAUUGAUAUUACUACAUGUACUACAAUAAGUUCUAUUAUAUUUAAUGAUUGUCAUUAUAUUAAUAAAUGUUCAUUAAUAUUACCUAAAAAUAUUAUUUCAUUUAAAAUGAUUAAUACAGAUUCAAUUAAUAUUUCAAAAUUAAAUGAAUGGAAUAUUCAAAAAUUAGAAUUAAUAUCAUGUAAUUCAUUUUAUACAUUAAAUAUUCCUUCAUCAUUAAUAGAAUUAUGUAUUGAUAAAUGUAUUUUAUUAACUUCAUUAGAAAAUUUAAAUAAAGCAAAAUUACAAAAUUUAAAAAUAAUAAGUUGUUCUAAAAUAAUUAAAUUAGAUAUUCCAUCUACUCUUACAUAUCUUCAACUUAAUGAUUGUUUAUCAAUUACUCAUCUUUUAAAUUUAGAAAAUGCAUCUAUUAAAGAUUUAUAUUUAAAAUAUUGUACUUCUCUUACAACAUUAUGUCUUCCUUCAUUAUUAACUUUAAUUCAAAUUAGUAAUUGUGAAAAAUUAAUUGAACUUAGAAAUUUUAGUGAAUUAAAAUUAUUAUCAUUUGAAACUAUUGGAUUAUUUAAUGUUGAUAAUUUAAUAUUUCCAUCUUCUUUAACUUAUUUAAAUCUUCAAAAUUAUAAUUCAAAUCAAACAACUACAUUAACUAAUCUUAUUAAACUUUAUCAACUUAAAAAUUUAAGAAUAUUAGAUGCUAAAUAUCUUGAAAUGUUAUCUUUUCCAGUUAAUUUAACUUCACUUAUUCUUCAUGGAUGUCAUUCACUUACUUUUUAUCCUAAUUUAAUGGAAUUACCAUUAAAAUUUAUUGAUAUUACAUCAUGUGAUGCAUUAACUUGUUUAAGUUUUCCAACAACAUUAACAAAAAUGAUAAUAAAUGAUUGUCAACAUGUUAUUGAAUUUCCUAAUUUAGAAGAAAUGAUAUUAUUAAAAAAUAUAGAAUUAACUCAAUGUCCUAGUUUAGAAAUUAUUCGUUUUCCUCUUUCUUUAGAAUAUUUAAAUAUUUCUAAAUGUAAAAAUUUAUUUACUUUACCUAAUUUAUAUGAAUUAAAUAUUCCUUUUAAAAAUUUAUUACCUUUCUAUUAUAAUCUUAAACAUCCAUUAAUUCCAAUUUAUCUUACUGAAAUUAUUAUGAA